AACACUUUGCGUAAUAGUGGCUUUAGGCAUUGUAUGUACUAGCUCUAUCUAUAAAUCCAUCUACUUUUGUAUCUUACCUUGUAUGUAUGUACUUUACCUGAAUAAAUAAUUGUAGUUGUAUUUGUAAUAGGUAGAUGAUACAGAAAGCAGUACAAUGUCUGUCACAAAUCCUUUUACUGCAGCAGCAUUAAGACCACAAGUCAGUAGAAUAAAUAUGCCUGGAAGAUCGACCCCAGCCAGCAUACUAGCAGAUUCGUUCUUGGCUCCUGAAAACUAUCUUUACUUACCAGAUGUACCAAGAAUAACUCCGGACAAUAAUGAUGAAGGUCUCCAGACACUAGCAAUUUUAGCUAAAGAGAACCUUCAUCGUGAAUAUUUUAAAAUAAACUCGGCUCUCCAGAAAAAAUGUGAAUAUAUGAAGCGAAGUUUAAAUAUUGAGGACCUAAAUUAUCUGAAGCCUUCAAACAAGAAAGGAAAAGGAGAAAAUUACUGCAGGAUUAUUGAAAUCAAUCAAACACAACGUUCAAACUUAUCAGAAGCCCUUCUGCCUGCUUCUCUUUCACCUCCACACAUUCAAAGUUUUGACUUCUCAACUAGUGUACCAACAUAUGCUCAAACAUAUUUACCAGCUGCAGAACAAACACCAAAAUCAUUGAAUUCUGAUUUUUAG